AUGCUAGAUCCAACAUCUUCGGUUACGAUGUCAGAGUAUACAUCCCAGGAAGCUGAGCCAAGGACGCCUUCAAGGUCUUGUAUCGAUGCAAACAUGGGAAGCCAUCCUGCGCAAGAGGUUCGUCGAGAGAGUCGAGUUAGCACUCUUCGAGUCGAUACCCGCGUGGCAGAAACUCUGCAGUCAGCAUCAAGGAGAGUCUCACCGUCUGGAACAACAAGUGAUUCGCCAGCUUCGUCGACAUCAAACCACAGUCGACAAGACUCCACUGCAUCAUACACACCUUUGCGCAGUGCCAGAGGAUCACUUUCGUUGGGUGGAACCGCGCAUCAUUCAGUCCUGUCGCGAAGAUCUUCGUUGUCACAAUCUGGCAUCAGUAGAGAAGCCUUGGCACUACCGCUUGCAGAUACAGACACGCUUAUCCUUGUGCCGGAAGCUGUUGCAAACGCAGAGGUCGCUGAGGUUGCAGAGAGCCCGACACCACAGAGGCAAGCAGAACCUAGACCUACCUCUCGUCGGCGAAGGAAGUCUCGUCGACAUCGGGAAAUACGUAACACAUCAAUCAUGACAGGUAUACUUUGUGUAUUACUUGUCGCAGCAUUGAGUAUGUGUGAGUAG